CUCUAUUCUUUAUGUUUAUUAAGAGGCAGAAUCUUUGCAAAGCGAAUCAAUGUGAGAAUUGAACAUGUUAGACAUUCAAAAUGUAGAGAUGAUUUCUUGAGGUGACUAUUUUUCUUAUAAUUUCACUUCUACAUACCAUUGUUGUCUGUUCUAUUGAUUUUUACAAUGAUUUAAUUAUUAUUUGAAAUAACGUAGACGAGUUAAGGAAAAUGACAUGAAGAAAAAGGAGGCCCAAGAAAAAGGGAUAAAAGUUAAUCUGAAACGUCAGGUACUUUUUGCUAAUUUUUCAAUUUAUUUUUUAAUCUUUACAAGGUUUUGACUGGCCACAGAGACCCAAGGGCUUGUUUCUACAGGGAUGGGACAAUGAUCAAGAUUUUGACAUCAUGACAUGUAUAUUUAACUCUAACAUCUAAUUAUUGUGUCCCGCCAAGGUGAAAUCCUGUUUCGACGUUUUAUGCCAUGCUCCUUUCCGCCUUAACGGGACAAUGUUUAUUAUUUUACUGCCAAGUAACUUGGCCAAUGAGUUCUCCUGAUACACCUUUUUUAUACUAUAAGUUGCAAGCUUUGACUUUGGUGCAGAGAACUGUUUUCCAAGGUUCCAAUAUUUUCCUGCCUCCGUAAACAUCCCUUCCUGGAAACUUGACGCAAGAUAUCUGAGAUGAAGUACCCAAUAUUGAGGUCCCUAUUUCAUGUCUUGAAUGCCGGAGUGGAUGGGUAAAAUUACUGUAUGCUCAUCUAAUUUGAAUUGUUUUCUAAUUUAGCCUGUGGCACCAAGGGAAGCACAUUUUGUGAAGAACCGAGGAAAGGAUCCUGAACUUCUUGAACCUAUUCCAUAUGAGUUCAUUAUCUAAGAAAUAUGUGUGCAGAAUAAAUUUGUUCAGACAAUAUGCC